ACCAUCCACCAUCCAUCAUCCAUCAUCCAUCAUCUGCCCCAAGUAAACUAACAAAUAAGGUAGUACAAUACCUAUAAUAACUUAUUACAUGGAGCAAUCGCAGCCAAGUCAUUAACUCCAGUCGACGGCUUUACACAAUUUGAAUUCAUCACAUUUCCCUCAACCUGCCAUCUUCACACUUUUCCUUAUACCUUUAUCUUGACGUCCAUGCUGUAAUAUUGGACCUCGACUGUCCUUAUUAUCCCCAUCACAAUUGCUCGACAUUGAUUGACUGACUGUCACAUUUCCCACCCACCAUCCACCAUCCAGGCCCCCCACCCUCCAAUUCCACCCGCAGUCACUGUCGCAGUCACCGUCACUCAAUCUGCCAGUGUCCCGUCUCUCGUUAAUCCCCCCAUAAACACAUCCUUAACCCACCGUAUCCUCACCAUUCAAGAGCGUCGAACCAACGCCGCAAUACAAGAUGGAUAUUGUUGACCGGGGCGUGGAGAGGGCCGAAAUACAGGCGACGAGGACUUGGUCACAACAAAGCAAAGAUCGUCAAUCCCUCCGUAGCCAAAGGUCUCAGCGCUCUGUCGCUUCAUCGUCUUCCGCUUCCAGUACCACCACAGAUCAAGAUGUCAUGCAGAGGUUUCCCACCGCCUCUGCCGGGACCCUAGGUCGCGUUAGAACACACCCUGUCGAGGACUACCGAACUGAGACGCAUAGAUUGCAACAUAUCCAGACCGUCGGUGCAAGUGUCAAGUCGCGCUCUGAAACACGGCCUCUCCCAGAAUUUGGUGGUGGCAAACCGUUUCCUCCUCUACUACCUGAGCGAGAAGAAUAUGUGGUGGAAUUCGAUGGCAAAGAUGACCCUUUACAUCCCCAGAAUUGGCCGUUUAAAAGAAAACUCAUCAUUGGCGCUAUCCUCGCCUUCACUUGCCUCUGUUCCACCUUUACCUCGUCCAUUUUCUCCGCCUCGACCAUCACUGUCGCUGCUGUCUUUGGCGUCGGUGUCGAGGUCGCUACUCUCAGUACCUCGCUGUACGUCCUUGGUUAUGCCUUUGGUCCCCUGAUUUGGGGCCCCUUCAGUGAGUUGCAGGGUAGACGGCUACCUAUUUUGGUCGGCAUGUUUGGCUUUAGCAUCUUCUGCUUUGGCUGUGCCACGGGCAAAGAUCUCCAGACCGUCCUCAUUUGCCGUUUUUUCACCGGCAUGUUUGGAUCCUGUCCACUCGCGGUCGUUGCCGCCGUCUUCUCCGACAUGUUUGACAACCAGCAGCGUGGACCCGCCAUUGUCAUCUUCUCCUCCAUGGUCUUCAUGGGUCCCAUGUUAGGUCCUUUCAUCGGCGGUUUCAUCAAUACUUCCUAUUUGGGAUGGAGGUGGAAUGUCUACCUCCCCGGCAUCAUGGGUUCCGCCGCCCUGAUUCUCAAUGUCUUUUUCCUCAAGGAGUCUUAUCCACCCGUUGUGUUGGUCGGCAAAGCAGCCGAGUUGCGUCGCCGCACCAAGAACUGGGGUAUCCACGCCAAACAGGAAGAAGUCGAGGUUGAUUUCAGGGAGCUCAUCACUAAGAAUUUUUCCCGUCCUAUUCGAUUGUUGAUCACCGAACCCAUCAUCCUCGCCAUCACCAUCUACAUGUCGUUCAUCUACGGACUUCUCUAUCUCUUCUUGACCGCCUAUCCCCUCGUCUUUCAAGGCGUUCAUCACUUUCGCCCCGGUGUCUCGGGACUUCCAUUCUUUGGCAUGGUGGUGGGUAUCUUCAUUGUCGCUGGAUACAUCAUCUUCACCUCGCGUCAGUACAACAAAAAGUUGGAAGCAAAUGGCGGUAUCCCUAUUCCAGAAUGGCGUCUGCCACCCGUCAUCGUUGGCGGUGUUCUUUUUGCAAUCGGCCUUUUCUGGUUCGGCUGGAGUGGUUACAAGCAAUCUGUUCACUGGAUCGUGCCCACCCUGUCUGGACUUUUCACUGGCUUUGGUCUGUUGGCCAUUUUCAUCCAGUGUUUCAACUACAUUAUUGAUUCCUAUCUCAUGUUGUAAGUCGAGAUUCUAACCUAUUGACCACAACCCAUCAACUAAUCUUGUUGACAGCGCCGCUUCCGCCAUCGCGGCCAACACCUUUCUCCGGUCGAUCGCCGCAGCAGGUUUCCCAUUGUUUGCACGACAGAUGUUCAAUGGCAUGGGGAUUGAAUGGGCCAGCACUCUGUUGGGAGCCUUUGCCUUCUGCCUAGUGCCUAUUCCCGUCAUCUUCUACCUGUACGGCAAGAAACUCCGACUCAAGUCCAAAUUCGCGCCCACCAUGACGCCCAAGAAGCCAACUGAGGAAGACGGCUCAAGCGACUCGGAGUUGGAAAUGUCUGCCCUGCACGCCACCAGAAGCCGAGCACAUCAUGACGCUGUGAGCAAUCGAACAAGAACCCGUACUAUGACCCAAACAGGAGCCACCACGACUGCACCUCCUGUCGUCAGUCCAAAUACCACGGAAAAGUCAGAGACUCAGGUAUAAACGAUAACUUGACGACCCAGGUUGGAUACAUACUGCCUCUGGCCAGAAUGAACAAUUGGUCUGUGGGAGUGUGAAUAUGUACAGUCUUGUUUAGCGCGAGCGUGACAGUUUUAGCUUUGUUUACGAAAUUAAUAAUGCGGUAUUUGUAUGGCAUAGAAUUUGAGAUGCUUUGGUGACGUUGACUCACACUUGACCACACCUUCCCUUGAUAUCAUCACUCUUGAUCAUAGUGCCUUCCU